UUGGGUACCGCGGGUGAUUGGCUCUACGCCCUUGGGUGUAAUCGCUGUACUUUGUUCGUCGAAGUGGGUGGUAUGUGUUUCUGACGGUCAUCUUCUUGUCAUUGUACGCUUCUCAUCCGUUUAUUCACAGUUGGCAAAGAUGGCGCAAAAUAAGAUGCGACCAGUGGAUGAGGUGCUUCGCGGCAAAUUGGAAUUCAAGUUAGCUAAAGUCAUAGCUCCCAAGCUUACUGGAUGGCAGCUCAGUUUGUUCGUUUGGUCUCAAGGUUCAUUUCUUUUUGGCAAAUUAAUAAAGUCAAAACUGCUAAGGAUGAACAACCUUCCACAGUGCUUGCGUGAAAUUAUCAUAUCUGAUGCUCCUAUGUACCAACCAGAAUAUCCUGCCAAUCAAGCUCCUGAAAUAGCUGUGAAGAACUUCUUGGAUGAAAGCGACCCGAAAGAAAGAGUUGCCUUUGCUCUUGAACAUUUACCCGCAAGGCAGUCUCACUUCCAGGAUGAUUCACCUCCUUUUCUGUACUGGAAGAUUCGAGAUUAUGUUGAGGCUUAUACGACUGGUCGUGUAACACCUACUCAGGUAGCAGAGCGUAUAAUUGCUACUGUUGAGGAGGCCAAGAAGAGGAGCCCAUCUUUGGUAUACUUCAUUUCCUUUCUCUCUGAGGAUGUUCGCAAGCAAGCAACUGAGUCUACCGAACGUUACAAGAAGGGGACGGCGCUGUCUGUGCUUGAUGGUGUUCCAUUAGCUGUGAAGGAUGACAUAGACUGCCUUCCACAUCCAAGCACAGCUGGGACGAAAUGGCUUCCUCAAGUGAGAGAAGUAAAAGAAGAUGCUGUUUCGAUCGCGAGACUGCGAAGUUGUGGAAUGAUGAUGAUCGGGAAGGCAGUUAUGCAUGAACUUGGAAUGGGAACUACUGGCAGUAAUCCUCAUCAUGGGACAGCAAGGAACCCCCAUGAUCUGGGACGGUAUACUGGAGGUUCAUCUUCUGGCCCUGGUGCAAUCGUUGCGUCAGGGUUGUGUCCCGUUGCCUUAGGGACUGAUGUUGGAGGAUCGAUCAGGAUACCUUCAUCUUUGUGUGGAAAUAUUGGCUUGAAACCUACAUUUGGACGGAUAACUAAUGAGGGGUUGUUCUGUGUGGGAUGGUCCAUGGAGUCUAGUGGUCCCAUUGCCUCAAGUACAGAAGAUGCACUGCUCGUAUAUGCAGCAAUGGUCGGAUCACAUCCAACUGACAAGCUCCACAGUUGGCCGCUGCCUCCAUGCGUCCCAGACCUUAAUGUAGGCUUUCAAGCUAUUAUGGGUUCUUUGAAGCUUGGCAAAUAUUCAGAUUGGUUCAAUUCAACUUUUGAGAAGGAGGUAGCCGAGGUGUGCAACAAAAGCCUGAACCUUAUUUUUGAGACAUUCGGAACCGAGACCAAAGAAAUUAUCUUGCCUGAAUUGGACGAAAUUAAAAUUGCGCAUCUAUGUACUGUGGGAUCUGAAUACGUAUCUGGAUUAGCGGGCUAUGAUACAAAGUUUAUUUUAUUGCAGUAUCGCAGAUUGAAAGAACUCAGUUUGGAGGUUCAAGGGACACUUGGCCUCUUCAAGGAAUUCACAGCUCUUGACUACUUAAGUUCCCAAAAGAUCAGGCGGCGAGCUAUGUAUUUCUACAUGCAAGCUUUUGAGAGUGUGGACGUCAUUGUAACACCAACCACCGGCACAACAGCACCAGUGAUUUCAUCUGCGGCCUUGACGGUUGGCGAAAGUGAUUUGACAACAGUUGGAAACCUGAUGCGGUUCAUCAUAGCUCCAAACUUUCUCGGCUUGCCUGCUAUUUCUGUCCCUGUGGGUCACGAUUCUAGGGGAUUACCGAUCGGUCUGCAGCUCAUUGGACGACCGUGGCAGGAAGCUACACUAUUUCGGGUGGCCGCGGCAUUUGAGGAAGUCUGUACACCUUUGCGCAAGAGGGCAACUACAUUCUAUAACAUCUUGAAGUAACUGCCGUUGAAAGUACUUGAAUUCGCGGAUCACUGGAGAUAUGUUGCUUUCUCCAACAAAUAUUUUUACUGAAGAUUACGUUUUGUUAGGUUGGCGGUAAGAGUGACAAGAACCGUUAGGGUAAGUGCAGGUUGAGUGGGAUUAUUGUUGUCCGCAAUGCUUGUGUGAUUUCUUACACUGAAAACGGAUAAUAUAGACCUUGAGUUUUUAUGCUUUUGUA